AUGCCUUCUUACUUGGUUACCGGAACAUCCCGAGGACUCGGCUUUGAGUUUGUUCGCCAGCUUUCUGCUGACUCAAACAAUACCGUCAUUGGUUUUGUUCGCAAUAAGAAAGCGACCGAGGACAAGAUUCAAAAGGAACUGCCUGGCAGAACCAACAUUCAUACCAUCCAGGGAGAGAUCCAGAAGUAUGAAGAUGUCAAGAACUUGAUUGAGGAGACAGCCAAGAUCACGGGUGGUAGUCUCGACUAUAUUAUCGCAAAUGCCGCAGUGCAAUCUGAGUGGUCGGCCCACAACCCCUUUGGCGUACUAGGAAAGGAGCCUCAGAGGUUGGAAGAGGACAUGAUCGAAUCGUACAUGAUCAACACAGUUGGAAACGUCCAUCUUUUCAACUUGGCCCUUCCACUCAUCCUCAAAGGCGAAGCUAAAAAGAUCAUUGCCAUCUCGAGUGGCAUGGCGGACGCUGACCUUAUCACCCGAUUUUCCAUCAUCGACGGGCCAGGUUACUCGAUGAGCAAGGGUGCUCUGAACAUUGCUAUUGCCAAGUUCGAUGCAGAGUACAGGAAGCAGGGGGUGUUGUUCAUGGCUAUUUCACCGGGUCUUGUUGCUACCCAGGAUACGUCCAACGCCACCGAAGAGCAAAUUGAAGGAUACCGUCAGAUGGUUGCUGCUUUCCAGGUCUAUGCGCCUCACUUUACAGGUCCUAUUUCCCCUGAGGAAUCUGCUACGGCGGUACUGUCUGUUAUCAACAAGGCUAGUAUCGAAGCUGGGAGUGGUGGUUCGUUUGUGUCUCACUUUGGAAACAAGCAGUGGCUGUGA